GCUCAGAGAUGGUCACAAACUGUUCAAAGAAGGUCAUACCAUGCCGUCUCACCUAACAGUAUAUGGCACAUUGACAGUCACAUGAAGCUUAUAAGGUGGGGCUUUGUUGUACAUGGUGCUAUCGAUGGCUUCUCCCGUCUAAUACCUUAUUUAAGUUGUGCUACAAACAAUUCUUCAUCCACGGUGCUACAGACUUUCUGCAGGGGUGCUCUACAGUAUGGAUUACCAUUAAGAGUGAGGUCUGACCAAGGCACAGAAAAUGUUCAGGUAGCACUGCUUAUGAAUGCCAUCAGAGGAUUACACCGUGGCAGCCAUAUAACUGGACUUUCUGUCCAUAACCAGAGAAUUGAAAGGCUGUGGAGAGAUGUAUUUCAACAGGUUCUCUUCCCCAUCUACAAAGAAUUUUAUGAAAUGGAAGAUAAUGGUAUACUUGAAGAAGGCAAUAGUUUACACAAAGGGUGUCUACAAUAUGUUUACUACUCAACAAUUAAUCAAAGAUUGGAAAUGUUCAGAGAAGGCUGGAAUAAGCAUAGAAUUAGAACUGAACAUAACAGAACACCGGAACAAAUAUGGUUCGAUAGCUUGUCCACUACAUCUCACCAAACAAGUCUAUCUGACAUGAAUACACAACAGUUUAGAGAAAGUUUAAUAGAAAAUUUACAAAGAAUAGGUGUAUCAUUUUCAGAUGAUGCAUAUAUGGAGCCUCAGGAGACAUUCAACCCACUUGAAAUGUCUGUCCAGAAUCUACAGAUACUACAAGAUGCUAUUCAGCUUGAAACAAAUUUAAAAGAUAAAUAUGCAUGUUGUGUUCAAAAGGCCAAUGACUUAUUAACAGAUACCCAAACAUAAUGUCCACUCCAUUUUGCAUGUAGUAUUAAAAAAUUGUUCAUGAGUACAUUGGCAAGG